AUGAUGCUGCCACGCCUAAUCACCACCGCGGCGCUGCUCGCAGCCAGCGUCUCGGGCCUAUCGGCAUCUGAAUACGUCAAGAACCUCGAUCUCACCCUCUACCGCCGCCGAUCCCCGCCCUCUCCUGCUGCCAACAAUCCCGCGGCAGCAGUGGCAACCAUCAACCGCCGCGCCGAUACCCCGUCUGAUCUCCUCAAGAACUACAUCUCCAGCAUUGUCGAUGACGGCCGCGACCUCCUCUCCCGCGCGGACACCCCUCUUCUUCGUCCCGCCAACUGGAACGCCUCCGCAAUGGCCGCCUGCACCACCGCCCUCGUGAUGCUGCGAGGCCUUGCCAACUCCCCCACCGGCAUGGCAAUGUGCUACAACCUCCCGUCCCUGGACAACUCCACCGGCAUCUUCGAAGCGGACCUACGCCUCUUCGCCAUCGGCCCCGCCACUGAAGCUUUCGCCGGCGUCGCACCCGCCGAUGUCAGCAUCGACGUUCGCUUUGCAGGCGCGCAAGUCCAGCCCGUCCCCGUCACCGACCUAGUAGCUAGGCCGCAAGUCGCAGCGCGCGGGUUGCCACUAUCGUGGCCGCCGUCAAAGAGGGGGCUAUUCGCGAAGCGCGCAGAUCAGGCCCCGGUGCUGGUGCAGAGCUUUGCGUUUGUGGGGCAGAUAAACAAGGAGCUGCAGAACGCAAAUCUGAACUCGACCGCACUCCAAGCCAUCCUCAUUCCAGUCGUCACCCUGUCCGUCGCCAAGAACGCGGCGAACAGCUCUCUGUCCUCCCUCGAAGCGACGUUCGUCGUCGGCCUCUUUAGCGAUCAGCCCCAUACCAUGGCUACGAUCUCGGCUGUCGGCGUCAUCGCUGAUGUCGCCUUUGUGCUUCCCGGCACCAAGAUUGCGAUCUUCCCCAUCGGAAGCAUCAUCACGGGCACGUGGGCUGUCCUGUUUGUUGGGGUUAUAGGGUGGGGAACCGUCGGUAGGAUGAGAUUCAGGGAGAACUAUCGUAGGAGGCUGGCAAGGGCUGAUAGAGGCGGGGAGAAGUCUAUUUGAGAGGUUGGUUGGGAUAGGAUUGGGGGGGGGUUAAGGCGUAGAUAGGACUCGAGGGACAGUUUCGUGCUUGGAAGCAAAGUCAUACUUAGAGAUCCGGUGCGGCAGUUUAGACAUUCAUUGUAAGG